UGGCUUCCGCAUCAGCCAUGACGCUUGCUGCACCUAUGUGGAUGCAUGAUUUGUCCAAAUAUUCAUUGGCAGGCUCACCAGACAUUCUAAUAGUCUAGUAUUUGUGCACAGUUCCCUGAAAGAAAUUUGAAAAGAGAGAGAGAAGAAAAAAAAAAGCAUCGAUGGGAGAGAUGAUCUGGCGCCGGCACGUUUGAAUUGUUUCAGAUUGGCCAGCUCGUUUGAAGUUUUCACUUUCUGCAAUUAUAAAUAUACGAACCAAACUGAAACAACCACAGAUAGCAAAUGGCAGGAGGAGUGAGGAGGAUCAAGUUGGGUUCACAAGGCCUUGAGGUCUCUGCUCAAGGCCUGGGAUGUAUGGGCAUGUCUGCCUUCUAUGGCGCUCCGAAGCCCGACGCAGACAUGAUCAGUCUCAUCCACCAUGCCAUUGACUCCGGCGUCACCUUCCUCGACACCUCUGACAUAUACGGCCCCUUCACCAACGAAAUUUUGCUUGGCAAGGCUCUGAAGGGAGGGGUAAGAGAGAAGGUUGAAUUGGCCACCAAGUUUGGCAUCCACUUCGCAGAGAAGAAGAUGGAGGUGCGAGGUGACCCUGCCUAUGUGAGGGCUGCUGCUGAGGAUAGCUUGAAGCGCCUUGGUGUUGAUUCUGUUGAUCUCUAUUAUCAGCAUCGGAUUGACACCACUGUCCCCAUAGAAGUCACGGUAGGGGAAUUGAAGAAACUAGUUGAAGAGGGUAAGGUGAAGUACAUUGGCCUAUCUGAGGCCUCAGCUUCUACAAUAAGAAGAGCACAUGCUGUUCAUCCAAUUACAGCUGUGCAGUUGGAGUGGUCCUUGUGGUCGAGAGAUGUCGAGGCAGAAAUAGUUCCUACUUGCCGGGAACUUGGCAUUGGUAUUGUUGCUUACAGUCCUCUAGGGAGAGGAUUCUUUUCAUCAGGGGCUAAGUUUGUCGAAAACCUCUCCCAGAAUGAUUCUCGAAAGCUUCACCCCAGGUUCCAACCCGAAAACGUAGAGCAUAAUAAAACACUAUUCGAGCGGGUUAGUGAUCUUGCUGCAAGGAAAGGGUGCACCCCAUCUCAGCUAGCACUGGCCUGGGUUCAUCAUCAAGGAAACGAUGUGUGUCCGAUACCCGGAACCACCAAGAUUGAGAAUUUUAACCAGAACAUUGGUGCUCUCUCUGUGAAACUGACACCAGAAGAACUGGCUGAGCUUGAAUCUUUUGCUUCGGCUGAUGCCGUUAAAGGUGACAGAUAUCAGAAUGACGUUAGUACUUGGAAGAACUCUGAAACUCCUCCAGUGUCUUCAUGGAAAGCCGCAUGAGCAUGUGUCUUUUGUCAUGUCAUAAUGCUUCUUUGUACCUCAUGAGCUUUGUGAAUUUCCUUACCGUUAGGAGUUAUGUUAUGACUGACUUUGAGACGUUGGUCAUUUUGUGCACAGAUUUCAUCAUGUCGUAUGAGUAUCUAAAAGUAUGAAAUAAUCUGGGGUCAAGCGAAGUUUUUCAUUUUAUUUCUUUGACUUAAUUUUCUUUGUCACCAAAAGAAUGACAUUGCUUGUCAAGAAACCAAAACUAGGGUUUUGUUUUCUAAUUUUCAUGUGGGUUGAAACAUA